AUGUAUGGGAAGCUUUCGCCAUAUAACAGUGCAGGUUAUAUAGCUCGUACGUUCCCAAUGCGUACACUCGAACGCCUGAUUGCGAGUCAAGUUUCGCUUCUUCUUAUUUGCGAUAUCGUUCGCGCAUCGUCUGACGUUGACUGGACCGAGGCUACGCCGCGCUUACUCCAUGCUGCGGUCCUUUCCUUAGACUCGCUCCGUCCAGCUCUUUGUCGACAUGCAAGACAAACUAUAAUCAAUGUAGCGCUGCUUCACGCAGAUCAAGCCACUUUGGCUCAUGUGUCUGGGAUGUUGCUGAAACAUCAGAUGUGUCGCUCCGUGUCGGAUGAGUCGGGGUUCAGAACUAUGGUGACUUCAUUUUGUGAUGCGGUACCUACCCGAGGUGUAUCGCCAACUUUCGCAAAAGUUGCUGCUGAGGAAUACAGAAAUAUGCUGCUCAACAGCAAUUCGCUAUUUUCAUCGCAGAGCGACCUCAUCAUGGCUCUUGUGUUCUGUCUUAGUGAGAACAUGGACAGCCCUCUAUGGCACAAUGAAGAUGCUACUCCACGUUGUUGGAAAGUUCCCAGCGCAACGCAUCUAACCUGCUUGGUUCGUCAUCUGGCUGAACUUUUCCUGCCUUCCAUUCCUUUACUGCCAGUGGUGUGGACUCAGAUUGCAAUGCGAAUGGCCUUAACUACAACACAGCGGCACGCUGCUGGUCGAUGUUUUCAGAUAGUUUCAUCGUUGUGUCAACCCCCUGGCGCUUGGAUUCCAUCACUAAUCAGUAGAUUAGUGGAGACGGCUGGUGAGACUCACGAAGAUACGCAGGCUUACGUGACGGACUUGCUGCUUUGUCUCCUCAGCAGCGCACCCCACCUGAAUCCGCUCCUUGAUACUCCGCUGCUCCCUUCAGCAUCUCCUACUCAUGCAAGGUCAACUUCAUACACACCUGCUCUACUUCGACAGUCAGUGCUCAGCCAGAAGCUUCACCAGGAAAGAAAGGAUGCUCGGCUAUCGCUACUGCUAUCUGAGGAGGAGUCUAGAUUGGGUACUGCAUUGAUGAGGAGCAAGAGUGCGGACCAACUUAAAAGCGAUGCUGAAGGAGAUGAGGAGGCAACAGCUCGAAUGCAGAUUUGCGCCAUAGCCGUAGCAUUACUCGAGAGUGGUGUGGACAACGAAUUUCUUCUUGCAAUCAAUCUUCUGGAAAAGAUUCUAGACACUUCUGCACCUCAUAAAUCACGAUGUCUGCAAAAGUUGGAGAAAACCAUAAACCAGCUGGAUUGGAAAGGAUUUGGUGGUAUCGUCGGUCUGCUGUCCAGAGGUGCUGUUGUUGCUUCGGCCUAUGAAACAUCGAUCCAGGCUCUUACAAGGAUUAUUGAUGUUCUGGAUGAACCAGUUGUCGGUGGUCGAGACUCUCUGGGGCUUGUCAUCUGCCACGUUUUGCCAUAUCUACUGUUCAACUUCGAUGCUCCAAAUUCGCUUUGCGUUCUAGUAUGCACUGUCCUGAUACAGUACUGCACGGACGAACUGAAGAGGCUAGAGCUCGAACAAGCAGAUCAUCCGCUGAACAAUUUGGCCACGAUGCUGCUGCAGUACACCACGAAAUCCUUUUCUAAGGAUCGCUACCAGUGGUCGAAGUGUGUAUUGCAAUAUCUAUGCGAAGCGAUUGAUGGAGCGAUAGUGCUUCAAAUGAUUGUGCUGCUAGCGGAGAUGCUGGAGAAAGGAACGUCUUCUAUGCAUGUCUACGUGUUGCACAUGUUGUACCUACUACUUCUCAGGCGAGAGGCCGUGAGCGCAUCUCUAGUCAUCAACGCACAGGUCACACGGAGUGUUGCGCGACAUGUACAGGGAGCAAAUUGGCGAGAAGCAGCCCGUAUAUAUAAGGUAAUCGUUGAACAAUGGCAAAAUACCGAGAGAGAUAAUAAUACGGGAGGCGAGUCAACUUCAGAAUUUGAACUUGAUCUUUCUCUCGUAUCUGCCGUCUGCGGCUCCAGACCCAGCCCGCAGUCACCACGAAAAAAUGUUUCCACUCUUGAUACAACUGGAACAAGCACUAUUGGAAGCGUUAAGAAAUCUGCUCCCCCACAUGUGCGGGUGCGUGAUCGGCUGGUUGGUCUGCUGUCCGCUUCAGGACUCCGAGUUGGGCUUCCUUCUGCAGUUUCUGUAGUGUUCUCUCAGAGCGAACUGGAUAGCACUGCCUCUUCUACUGAGAGAAUUUGUACCUCUUCUCAGGAAGUUGCCUCGACAACUUCUCUGCCUGAUCCCUCAGCAAGCAUCACUGAUUCGUUCCCGCGUGUGUUUAAAGAGUUCGAUUUUUUGGAGGCAGAGCACGACAGCGUUUCCGAAACGGCGGACAGUUGUUUCGGAUGGUUGUCCACGAUGCGUCCCAGGUCCAUUGGAGGCGACGAACCACAACACGAUGACGAUGCUGAUGUUGACGAAGACGAGGAUUCGGAAAGUGCUCAAGCGAAUUCGGAAGGAGGAGGAGCAUCCACGUCUCGUUUGUCGCGUACGUCGAUAUCUUCGGAUCGAACGCCCUGUCCCUCAGAAGUGGAUGAAGAGGAAGAUGAAGUUGAUGACGGAUUUGGUGAAGUCUCUUCUCAAGCAGGUGCAGAUCAAAAACAAAAUAGGUUGAGUCCGCCAUCGGCAUUAUCCAGAGAAGCACUAGAAAAAAGACCAACUGACCGUCUAAAUGGAGUUGAUGAAGAAUCAAUUGACGGAUCUUCUUUCUGCUGUCGCUCAAGAACCUCAUUAGGGGAAUUCUACUCACCAAAAGCUACUCCAAGCUCUCCUGUGUUCAUACAAUGUCCACAUCAUCUCGACGGAAAGGUCGAUUCAGCAUGGAUUUCGCUCGUUACUGAAUUACAGGAUGACUCCGAGGGCGACCUUACAGCAUAUUCCACUCUGCUUUUUACUCAACUUUUCAGAUCGUGCUGUGGACGCGUGGCCUCGUUACUUAGAGAUGCAAUGCACGUCUUUUCGUCGCGGCCGUUGGCGCGAAUAUUCGGCCACGCUCAGGAUGUGUUGAGUGGAAUGGCAGACUAUCCAUUUCUUUUUGUUACAGCGCAAUAUCUCCGUUGCUCUGGAAUCCUCUCACGUUUGAAACUUUCCUUAUUCGAGCUCCGGGAACACUGGGAGACCUUCAAUGAACGGAAGGAGCAGAGUAUUCGGGUGUUGAACUCGGUGAAGUCGGCCUACAAACUGAACACUCUUGUUGGUUCAGCAUCAUCGCUUACAACGAAUAGUGAAACAGAACUGGGCAAACUACUCAGUAAGCUACUUUUUCAACUAAUGCUGAUGAGCGACUCGCUCAACGAUAUGGUUCGCCUUGUCAAUGAAUCUCAUGGAGCUCAGGCCUACACACUGUCCCCCGCAGUGUUGGAUCACCAGCGCGAAUUGCUGGUUUGCGUUCCCGACCUGCCUGCAUGUGAUCCGCAUCCAUCGCAUCCGGAGCACUCGGGCGAUUCGCUUGUGCUUCUUAUGACCAACAAACGAUAUUCACAAGCACUCCUGGCUUUGAGGAGUCUCAGAGUGGCAUUCGGAGCAGAGUUCGGAUGCUGUGAGGCAUCCGACAUUGAUGUGCUUCUCCUGCUGUUCUGCCGAAGCCAUUCGUUGAAGGCUUGGGCUCUUGUUGGAGCUGCGCCUGAGGCACUACGGCAGCAAGGCCAAAAUUUGCGUGACGCAAACGCAGACGUAGCUUCCGCCGUGCGGCGCUUGGCCUCGGACACCACAACAUCACACAGAACAUCCACUGCAUCAUCGUUAACGGAAUCGUUCCAAAAGAUAUCUUACUUGCCCGACUGA